CUCCCAGUCUGCUGUCUCUGUCCAGCACUUCAGCGUUCAGCACCGCGGGCGGAGGACAGCUCCAGAAAACCACAUCAAAACACCGCAGAACCCGCUGAAAGCAACCUGCUCAACGUCCACACGACGAACCGAGUGCUGUGGCCAUGUACGAUGGGGCGAGAAUUCCCACCCCUGAGGAAGGUGCUAACGAGGUCCCCCUUCAGCCCGAGACCCCAGCGGCCACACGUCCCAAAGCUAAUGAAGAGCCUGAGGAAGAGGAGGGUGUACCGCCCGAGCCCGUUCUGGUGAAGAAAGCCCACCGUGAGAUUCUGGACCAUGAGAGGAAGAGGAGGGUAGAGCUGAAAUGCAUGGAGCUUCAGGAGAUGAUGGAGGAACAAGGGUAUUCUGAAGAGGAAAUCAGACAGAAGGUUGGAACGUUUCGUCAGAUGUUGAUGGAGAAAGAGGGAGUGAUAAUGCGAGAUGGCUCGCACCCACGCCCACCGGUCAGGCUGCUUCCUGUUGGUGAUGAAGAGCAUGUGGAAAGCACUGCGUAUACCGACGGCUACGAGGAAGACUACAACUGGGAUGGAGAGUAUUACAAUCACGACUCGACCGCCUACGAUGACUGCAGAUCCAAGAGGAAAUCCAGCAGUUCACCCUCUCCUCGGCCAAAGAAGAGGAAAAAGAAGAAGGCAAGAAGGCACAGUCGCGCUGAGAGUCCGUCUCCAACCCGCAGAGACAAGAGGAAGAAAAGCAGCAAGAAACACAAAAGAGAAAGGUCCACAUCUGCCUCUAGAAGGAAGAGGAGACACAGAUCUGGGAGCCCCAAAAACAAACACAAAGACAAGAGCAAACAGAAGAAGAGGUCAUCUGUGGAUUCUCCUGGCAGGCUUUCUCAGCACAGAGGAAGCUGUUGUAGUUCUCGCAGUGGAUCUGUUUCAUCCACAGCCAGCGUCUCCAAGUCACCCAACAGAUCAAAUAUGAAGUGCAGUAACGACAGGCAGAAACAGGGACGAAGUAACAGCCCACCGCCGCCCCCCAGCACUGACCAGCCAAUCACGUGGCAGAAUGGGAACCACAGUGCCCGCGUCCGCAAUGGCAAAGAUACCGGAUUCAACCACACAGACGGGAAUAAAGCCAACGAUAAACUUCGAUCUCUGGCAACUUCUCCCUCGAGCACACAGACGUACACAUCGCCGCCUCUAAGAGCUGUUAAACAUCACUGCCCCGGAGGAAUCACGGGCCAGAUGGGAGACGAUGGCUGCGGAGACGGAAAAUCGGUUUUGGCAUCGUCGGGGAGACGCAGCGGGCGGCCGAGGGUUCGAGAGAAGACGUCUCACUCGCCAGCACAUAGCAGCGACUCUCAGCAUGAUCCACACGCUAAAACCAGGACUCUGAAGAAGACAAAAGGAUCUCAUUCGUCUAAGCGGCACCAUCGCGGACGCGGUCAGAAUCGCCACCGGAGUUCAUCUGUGUCACCGGGUCGGCACAAACGUGCAUCUAAGAAGAAGAAGAGCAAAAGUCAUGGAGCUGCGAGACAGCCGAGCAGCUCCUGGAGCAGCGGGAGGUCAUCGUCACGACCUCAUUCAAGGGAACGUGACCCCAGCAAGAACAAAUCGCCAAACGCCCGCCAGAACAACUCAAGAGAGAGAGACAGUCCUCAUCACUCUGAUGGAGAGAGAUCUCGCUGCCGCUCACGCAGUUAUUCUCCCAUUCGGAAGAGACGGAGAGACUCGCCCAGCUUCAUGGAAGCUCGCCGGAUCACCAGCGCACGCAAGCGGCCAAUCCCGUAUUACCGCCCGAGUCCGUCCUCUUCCAGCUCCGCAAGCAGCUACAGCGGCAGUAGUCGCAGUCGCAGCCGCAGUCGCAGUUACUACAGCUACAGCAGUUACAGCAGCAGGAGUCGCUCCCGGAGCCCCAGUCCGGCACACAGUUACUACAGCCAAAGCAGCUACGAGAGCCCUGGAUUCUGAGAUCAGCUGAAGGUACACAGGGGGACUGAAAACAUUAAAACAGUGCAGGACAUCCAUGUUCCCUUUUCUACCGCAGGAUCUGUGCUAAAGGCAACCAGAAAAAAAGAUCCGGAUCAAAUGCAGUGGGCAUCAGGGUUUCCAAACACACAGGAACACCAGGAAUCCAUUUUCAGCUGGUUUGAUGACAGAACGGUGGGUGGAUGAGGAAAUUAAAAACUAUGGAACAUGGAACAGAGUUUUUUCAGACAGCAAAAAUCGGAAUUAUUUUAGUGUAUCUUACUCAAAUCUGUUUUAUUGUUUGUAGUUUGAACAGCAACAAACUGCAUGAAAUACAAUUUCUACAAACCCAGUCCAAGCCACAUUCAUAUAUGGUUUUAAGUCCAAUUAAAAUCAGAUUUUCUCUCUGAACGAUCUGAUCGGAUUCCAAGCAGUUCAUUGUGUCAUUCUGGAAUUUAGGGACUAAGCCGGUAAAAAACAGACAACUAAAUACAUCAGUAACACUUUAUAAUAAAGUUUUAUUUGUUAACAUUAGUAAAUGCUUUAGGUAUCAUGAACUAACAAUGAUUUUCUGUUACAGCAUUUCUUAAUGUUAAUAUAUAAACAUACAGUUGUUCAUUGUUAGCUCAUGUUAGUGUAUAGUGCAUCAACUAAUGUUAACAUGCACAACUUUUCAACUACAGCAAAAAAAUUAUUAGUAUGUUGAAAUUUCACAUCAGCCAAGAUUAAUAUUGUUAGGUCAUGUUAACUAAUGUAGGUAACUAAUGUUAACAAAUAUAACCUUAUUGUAAAGUGUUUCCAAAAUAUCUGUUAUUACAUAAUAAUUAAAUACAGGCAGUCUCAACAAAUCGGAACAAGCGUUUAUUUUACAUAAUAGUGACCAUCAAGAGACAAAUGAUUUCUGGUCUUGAGAAUUUCAGAUUUUUUUCAGCAUCUGUAGAUUAAAUACAGACAAUGUUACAAAUAUAAACUCUUUAUUUAUUAUUAAAAGCCUGAAGAACAAAGAUAAGAUAAGCACUUUUUUCUGAAAUUCUUCCACGCUGAAAAAAUAACCAAAACAAAAAGGGGAAUCAAUGAAACACUAAUGUGAAGGAGUACUGUACAGUAUCUGAAAACAAUACUGUGAAAGGGUUUGAAAUGAAGAAACAACAUUACUCUAAUAAUUCUGACUCAACAAGCAAGAACAAAUAAUUCGAUUUUAUGAUUUGGGUAAAUCUCACGGGUCAUAUUUCACCCUGAAAUAUAUUUGUGUAUAUAUAAAAUAAAAGAAAUUCUAUUUUGUACGAAGUUAAUGAAGCUUAUUUGUAACACCAUAAGAUUUUUUUCAUUGUGACAUUAUUUUUGGAACAAUUAAGCCCCGCCCCCGCCCCCCCAACCCAAAUUCUCAUUUCUGUUAUGUGAAAAAAAUCUCAAAUGUAAUUUUUUAAUAAUGAAUUAAAAAGCAUUCUUCAGUAUAACAAAUGCUUCCAUGAUGCAUGCAUACUCUACAAUGUUUAUAAUAUACAGUACAUAUAUAUAUUUUUAUUAUAUGCAUUUAUUUAUUUUUUUAUUUUGGAGGUAAUGUGCUUAAUAUUACUGAAAAUAAUAUCACAAUGCAAUAAUGAUCUUAAUGGUCUUAACAUAGGCUUCAUUUUGUUUAUGCAAAAAAUAAUUUCUUAUUUUUCUAUUUUGAUUGUGUGGUGAAAUAUGACCUGAACAUGUUCUUGACAGUGAAAUUCACCCAUUUAGUAGUUAAAAACAAAUAGAUCUGCUUUUUUCAAACUCGUAUUACAAUGACAUGUCAUGGAUACAUGUAUGUCAGGAUGUUUUAGUUUGAUAUUUACGCUGCAAGUUUUGGCUGUAAACUAUGCACUGUAUAUUCCAAGUUAUAUACCGGAUUAUAUUGUAUGUGGAAUCUUGGCAUGAUGCGGAGGAGAGGCUGCCUGAUGUAAAUAACGCGCCCAGUCGAUGUGACGUAUAUCUGGGUGUGUAAGUCGCUCUCCUGCCCUCCUUUACCCUCUGAUCUCUUUGAAAAAUCCAUAUCUGAUGCACCUGUAACGCCAGUCCAUUUGGGAACUAUUUCUUAUUAUAUACAGUAUUCCACUUAUAUUUUGGCUGUGUUUAGUGCAUAUAAAUGCCGUUAGAGCUCUGUGUUAUAUAGCCACCCAUGUACAGAUAUCCAAAUUCUGUGUUGAUUUUUCAAUCAUGUCUCUAGUGUAGGUGCACUUACCCUGAAUCCAGGCUGCAAAAAUAUACAUGCACAUGUCUUUUCAAGCAUAUUUAUUAACCAUGUUAUUCUAUUUAUUCAGUGACUUAUUCAUGUGAUUGCUAUUUAUUUAUUUAUUUAUUUAUUAUUUGUUGCACAGUUGUACUCUUUGGCUCUGACAAACUUGUUUUUAUAAAGAGUUUUACUAUGUUACUAAAUAUGUGAAGUGGGAAAGUAAUUGCAUUUAUGAUUACAAAUGACAAGCUUCUGCAUCCUUUAGUCAACAUGAAAACAGAAUGGACUUUAUUGACCGUAUAAAUACAUCUCCCCGGUCCCUAUUGUGUACAGUUCAUCAGUGCUCGUUGUUAUAAAGAAUACAAAUGUUUGUCUUCGGAAUCGUUCAUCAAAAUGUAAUAACUUGCUUCGCCAUUUUCACUCGGAAGUACGUCAGAUUUUGGAAGUAAUGCCCUUUCAUGUUGACUUUAAAUGCAGAACCACAAUCAACUGUUAUUUAAUAAUAGCAAUUCUGUUUUGUUUAGGAGAUAUUACAUUCUUAGCUUGUUUUACGGGUUUUCAUUUUCUGCAAAUAUUUAUUCUAAUUUAUUCUAAUAUUUAUUCUUCUCUUAUUCACUUAUUCAAAUGGAGACUUAGGUAGCUUUUUAUCAUGUCUUACUCUUCGUUAUUCUGCUAAUGAAGGAAUCGAAUCCAGGCCCAGCGUCUGCUCAUACGACUUUUACAAGUGAACUUUAAACUUGUGAUGCAGGAAACGGCGUCAGUCUUCCUUUUCAUUCGUCUCUACAGUGUUAUAUGAUUUCCCUGACAGAUGUUCAUUUAAUAAUGUGAGUUCGUACAGCUCUAAACUUCCAGAUUGUAUAUAAGUCAGUAGAUUUAGUGGAACAGUCAUAAUUAAACACAUUAUUAAAGUAUUGACAAAUGGGUCAUC